AUGGGAAAGGCAAAGACCUCCAAGCGCGGAGGUGCAGCCUCUGGUCCGUACGAGCGACCAGCCAAACAAGCGGCGGCCAACAAUGUCUUCAAGUUCAGCAAAGACUUCGGUCAACAUAUUUUAAAGAAUCCGGGUAUCGCAGAAUCGAUAGUAGCGAAAGCAAACCUCAAACCGACAGAUACCGUACUUGAAGUCGGUCCCGGAACGGGUAACUUGACAGUCAAGAUCCUCGAGCAGGCCAAGAAAGUUAUUGCUGUGGAAAUGGACCCUCGAAUGGCGGCCGAAACAACGAAACGUGUACAAGGGAAACCAGAGCAGAAGAGAUUAGAGGUCUUACUCGGAGAUGUGAUCAAGACAACGCUCCCUGGCUUCGACGUUUGUAUCUCAAACACACCUUACCAAAUCUCGUCGCCUUUAGUAUUCAAGCUCCUCUCCCUACCGAAUCCUCCAAGAACAUGCGUACUCAUGUUCCAACGCGAAUUCGCUCUCCGUCUCACAGCCCGUCCAAAUGACCCUCUCUAUUGCCGACUCUCCGUAAACGCACAAUUCUGGGCACGCAUAACACACGUUCUAAAAGUCGGCCGAAACAACUUCCGCCCGCCUCCUCAAGUCGACUCCAGCGUCGUCCGCAUCGAGCCGAAACUCGGCGCCGAACGGCCCAAUAUCAGCUUCGAAGAAUGGGAUGGAAUGCUCCGCGUAUGCUUCAACCGACGAAACAAGACCCUUCGAGCGUCCUGGCUCGGUAAUAAAGAAGUCCUCUCCAUGUUAGAGCGGAACUACCGACUCUGGUGCGCGACGAAUAACAUCCCCGUCGACGAUACCAUCGCAGAAGACGGCGAGGAUGAUAAUGAUGACAUGGAAGUCGAUGAGAACGUCCCCCCUAGUGCUGGGGAUGAAGCAGAGUGGGGUGGUAUCAUGGACGUUGAUGAUGCAGCCGAUGAUACGCCAUCGUUUUUCAAGGAGCUUAAAGCUGCUGGGAACGAGGUACCAAAGACGAAGAGCAAGCGGAAGAAGACGAGAGUCGCUCUACUCGUCAAGGAAAAGGUUCGCAAAGUCCUCGAGGAUGUGACGGAACUUGCCGAUCACCGAAGCGGGAAGUGUGACGAAAACGACUUUUUGCGUCUUCUCGCAGCCUUCAAUGCGGAAGGAAUUCAUUUCUCGUAG